AGCUUCCGAUUCAUCAUGGCUAUCAAGUUCGUGUUCCUUUUUGCUUUCAUGGCAUUGGCAUCCGUAUCGGCCGAAGAUACCAACGCGAUCGACGUGGACAGCUUUCGGCAGCAUCUACCCGCCAAUCUGCAGAACCUUUCGAUGCCAACAUUAGACGAAAUCGAAAAUAUCGUCAAGGAUAAGUGCAUCCAGGCCGGUGGAUCGGAAGAGGCCUACGAACAAGCCAAGCAGGGUGCCCAGGAUCUGGUCAACUGCAUCCAGGGACUGAUUGAUAUCGACGAGUUCAAGAAGGAAGUGGAAGAAGCCAAACCCACCGGGGACUUGGACACCGUGUUCAACAAGUACUGCCGCAAACGAAACACCCUACUGGAGUGCGUCAACACCUUCUCCAAUAUCAUCGAUCCUUGCCUGGAGGAAGACGAGAGGCGUCACAAGGGUCACGGAGUGGAUGUAUUCAGGAACCUGUUGAAUUUUGUGUGCCACAAAGAUGGAGACCAAAUUGCACUUUUCAUCGCCGAGAAGGGACCCGAGUGUUUCUUGGAGCAGAAGGAUGACCUGAUCAAUUGCGCGAACAAUACCUUCUCUGGAUACUUUAAGGAUAUUGACACCUCUAGCCAAACCAUUCCCAAGUUGGUAAUCGGACCGAAGCAGUGCGACGAUUUCACCCGGCUACAAAACUGUCUGGUGCAAGAGUUGGAACAGUGCGAGGAAUCUACCCCUGCCAACCUUGUCGAAUCGUUGUUCAGAUUCAUGCGAAAGGGCUCGCCAUGUGAUCCGAAGGGAAAACAGGGAUGAGGGCACAGUCAAGUCUAACAGCAACAACGUUUCGAGAACUAACAUUUCUCAAUUGUAAAUCAUCAUGCAAUAAAUGUCAGCUUUAGAAUAAACUUGGA